GAUCAACAGAACCAAUUUAUUUCGGAUAAUAGCCUAAACCGUUUCAAGCGGCAAGCUCACAACAGUCUAACCUAUCCCGAGAAACGAUGGCCAAAAAAUGUUACCUACUCAUUGGACGGUAACUUAGGAGAAGAGGCCAUAAAGGUCUUCCGAAAGGCAGUUGAAUUAUGGACGAAUAACACGUGUAUCAACUUCGAAGAGGAUAAAGAAGAAACAGCUGAGGACCUUCUUCUUGUGUACAAGGAACAUGGAUGUUGGGCAGAAGUUGGCAGACAGGUUCUGCUCGAUGAGAUUCAUCAA